CACGCUGAUUGGCUGCGGUGAGGCCUCGCGGGCCGGUGGCAAUGGAGGCGGCGGCGGUUGAUGGUUGACCGUUGGCUCCGGGGUAGGGGUCGCCGCUCGGGCCAUCGGCUCAGAGCCGACCGGAGCGCGCAGGCUGCUGACGCUCGGCCUGGAGCCCUCGCGCCAGAUCUGGCUGGGUUCCGCCAUGCCGGCCGGCAGUAACGAGCCGGACGGCGUCCUCAGCUAUCAGAGACCCGAUGAAGAGGCUGUGGUGGAUCAGGGUGGGACUAGUACAAUUCUCAACAUUCACUAUGAGAAAGAGGAGUUAGAAGGUCAUAGAACUCUGUAUGUGGGGGUUCGGAUGCCACUGGGCCGGCAGAGCCAUCGCCAUCACCGAGCACAUGGCCAGAAGCACCGGAGACGAGGGCGGGGCAAAGGAGCCAGCCAGGGGGAAGAAGGCCCAGAGGCCCUGGCCCAUGACACACCAUCUCAGCGUGUUCAGUUCAUUCUCGGCACUGAGGAAGAUGAAGAGCAUGUUCCUCAUGAGCUGUUCACAGAGCUGGAUGAGAUCUGCAUGAAGGAGGGAGAAGAUGCUGAGUGGAAGGAGACAGCUAGGUGGCUGAAGUUUGAAGAAGAUGUUGAGGAUGGAGGCGAACGCUGGAGCAAGCCUUAUGUGGCAACCCUUUCACUGCACAGUCUCUUUGAGCUGAGGAGCUGCCUUAUUAAUGGAACAGUCCUUCUGGAUAUGCGUGCAAAUAGCAUAGAAGAAAUCUCAGACCUGAUCCUGGACCAGCAAGAACUGUUCAGUGACCUGAAUGACAGCAUGAGGGUUAAAGUGCGAGAAGCUCUGCUCAAAAAGCAUCACCAUCAGAAUGAGAAAAAGAGAAAUAACCUCAUUCCCAUUGUUCGCUCCUUUGCGGAGGUUGGCAAGAAGCAGUCUGAUCCACAUUCGAUGGAUAAGAACGGUCAAACUGUGUCUCCUCAGUCUGUUCCCAUGACAAGUCUUGAAGUAAAAAAUGGAGUGAAUUGUGAACACAGUCCUGUGGAUUUAAGCAAGGUGGAUCUUCAUUUUAUGAAAAAAAUUCCCACUGGGGCAGAGGCCUCAAAUGUCCUGGUUGGAGAGGUGGAUACUCUGGACCGCCCCAUUGUUGCCUUUGUGAGGCUGUCUCCUGCUGUUCUUCUCUCAGGCCUGACAGAAGUGCCCAUCCCAACCAGAUUUUUGUUUAUCCUAUUGGGUCCAGUAGGGAAAGGUCAGCAGUACCAUGAGAUUGGCAGAUCCAUGGCUACCAUCAUGACAGAUGAGAUUUUUCAUGACGUGGCAUAUAAGGCAAAAGAACGAGAUGAUCUCCUGGCGGGGAUUGAUGAGUUCCUGGAUCAGGUCACUGUGCUGCCUCCAGGGGAGUGGGACCCCUCCAUUAGAAUCGAGCCACCCAAAAAUGUCCCCUCCCAGGAGAAAAGGAAAAUGCCUGGAGUUCCAAACGGAAAUGUUUGCCACAUAGAACCAGAACCACACGGGGGCCACAGUGGGCCAGAACUUCAGCGUACUGGGCGGCUCUUUGGGGGCUUGGUGUUGGACAUCAAGCGGAAGGCCCCCUGGUACUGGAGCGACUACCGGGAUGCACUCAGCUUACAGUGUUUGGCCUCCUUUUUGUUCCUGUACUGUGCCUGCAUGUCACCUGUCAUCACCUUUGGGGGAUUGCUCGGAGAAGCCACUGAGGGACGCAUAAGUGCAAUUGAAUCCUUAUUUGGAGCCUCCAUGACUGGGAUUGCCUAUUCCUUGUUUGCGGGACAGGCUCUCACCAUCCUAGGAAGUACGGGGCCAGUGCUUGUGUUUGAAAAGAUUUUGUUCAAAUUCUGCAAAGACUACGCUCUUUCAUACCUCUCCCUGCGAGCUUGUAUUGGACUGUGGACCGCCUUUCUGUGUAUCGUCCUUGUGGCAACUGAUGCCAGUUCCCUUGUCUGUUACAUUACCCGCUUCACAGAAGAAGCGUUUGCCUCCCUGAUUUGCAUUAUUUUUAUCUAUGAAGCCAUAGAAAAGCUGAUACACCUGGCAGAGACCUAUCCCAUUCACAUGCACAGCCAGCUGGACCACCUUAGCCUGUAUUACUGCAGGUGUACUUUCCCAGAAAAUCCCAACAAUCAUACCCUACAGUACUGGAAGGACCACAAUAUCGUGGCGACAGAAGUCCACUGGGCCAACCUGACUGUUAGUGAAUGCCAGGAGAUGCAUGGAGAGUUCAUGGGAUCUGCGUGUGGCCAUCAUGGACCCUAUACUCCUGACGUGCUCUUCUGGUCCUGCAUUCUCUUCUUCACCACCUUCAUCCUCUCAAGCACCUUAAAGACAUUUAAGACAAGCCGCUACUUCCCAACCAGAGUACGCUCCAUGGUGAGUGACUUUGCUGUCUUCCUCACUAUCUUCACGAUGGUGAUCAUCGACUUUUUGAUUGGAGUCCCAUCCCCAAAACUUCAAGUUCCCAGUGUGUUCAAGCCAACAAGGGAUGAUCGAGGGUGGAUUAUUAGUCCCAUUGGCCCCAAUCCCUGGUGGACUGUGAUAGCUGCGAUUAUCCCGGCUCUUCUCUGCACUAUCUUAAUAUUCAUGGACCAACAGAUCACAGCUGUCAUCAUUAACAGGAAGGAACACAAGCUCAAGAAAGGCUGUGGCUACCACCUGGACCUGCUGAUGGUGGCCAUCAUGCUGGGUGUCUGUUCCAUCAUGGGCCUGCCUUGGUUUGUGGCUGCAACUGUCCUGUCCAUCACGCACGUGAACAGCCUCAAGCUAGAAUCUGAGUGCUCUGCUCCUGGAGAACAACCCAAGUUCUUGGGCAUCCGAGAACAGAGAGUGACAGGCCUUAUGAUCUUUGUGCUGAUGGGCUGCUCAGUCUUCAUGACGGCCAUAUUAAAGUUUAUCCCGAUGCCAGUACUCUAUGGAGUUUUCCUCUACAUGGGAGUUUCCUCCCUACAAGGAAUUCAGUUCUUUGACCGUCUGAAGCUCUUUGGGAUGCCUGCAAAGCACCAGCCGGACUUCAUCUACCUUCGGCACGUUCCCCUGCGCAAGGUGCACCUCUUCACCCUCAUCCAGCUCACCUGCCUCGUCCUGCUCUGGGUCAUCAAGGCAUCUCCAGCUGCCAUUGUCUUUCCGAUGAUGGUAUUGGCGUUGGUCUUUGUCAGGAAAGUCAUGGAUCUCUGUUUCUCUAAACGAGAGCUGAGCUGGUUAGAUGAUCUCAUGCCUGAAAGUAAAAAGAAGAAGUUGGAUGAUGCCAAAAAGAAGGCCAAGGAGGAAGAGGAGGCUGAGAAAAUGUUAGAAAUGGGGGGAGACAAGUUCCCCUUGGAGAGCAGGAAGUUACUAAGUAGUCCUGGAAAGAACAGCAGCUUCAGAUGUGACCCCUCUGAGAUUAACAUAUCUGAUGAGAUGCCGAAAACCACGGUCUGGAAAGCUCUCAGUAUGAACUCUGGCAAUACAAAGGAAAAGAGUCUCUUCAACUGAAAGUCUUUGCUGGGAAGGAAGCUUUGGGCUGUGAGGUGCCUCAGGGAAGUUCUGGUUACAGAGAAGAUGGUGAGUCUCUCAGAGAAGAAGCAAGACCAAGUCUGGCCCUGUCCGCCAUCACGUCAAAGCCAUGCUGAAGCAUUCAGUUACCCGUGCUGUGCGUUGGAGGACAGCCAGCCAUCCCCAUACCAGCAGCCCAUCACCAGAUAUGAACGGGGAAGCAGAAGACCACCUCUUGCUGGUACUUCUCUUCUUCCUUUCUCUUUCUCUUCAGAACUGCCACCCAUGAAGACCCAGCUUCCCAUCUUCCAGACAUUUUCUCUGAAACUCUCUGCUGGCUUGCAGAGCCAUAUGGAUCCACCCUGCCCCUGAGGAUUCCUUCGAUGAGCUCCCUCUUCCUGAAGGAUGGGGCCGGGGAGUCAGAGGAGAGCAGAGAGAAAAGGGAAGGCUCUCCAGUCCCGUAGAAUCUGUAGGCUCCGAGGCAGUCCUGGGCCUUUGUUUGAUGCCUCCUCUGGGGGAGGCUGGUCAGCCCCAGAGGCUGUCGGGGAUGUCCACCACUAGGAGGGUCAGUGACCUGGGCAUUGGCAGGGCCCACCACCACGGCCAGAAGAUGCCUCUGCCCCGGACAUGUCUGUGUCGCUUUCUAGCAGCAGCCUGCAUAACUCGGCAAGAACCGUGGGUGAUGACAGGGCCAUGAGGGACACUGGAGUUGUUCAGCUCAGACAGGAGAAAGCUCGGGGGAAGAUCAGUAAUGAUAAGCGAGGACAAGCAGCUUCUCUUGGUUUCAUUGAGGAUGGACUAAGAGAAUGAGCUUCAGUUGUUCCAGAAGGAGUUGGUUUAGACACCAGGAAGGGCUUCCUAGCCCGAAGAUUUGUCCUAGUGUCUGCUUUCUAGACAUCUGAGAAAGAUUUGAUAAUAGUUGUUUGUGAGUAGAAAGGGAGAUACAGUGUUUUUAUUGGACAUGUUGUGGAAACAUCCAUAUUUUGCUGCUGUCUCGGAAGUAGAAUCGGAAGGAUACAUUCCGAUUCUACUCCAGGAGAGAUCCAAAUGCUUACAUAAUGUCUCCUUAGCUGCCUUAGUAGCGAACCAUCCUCAACUCAAUGGACCCAAACCACCUUCAACCGGGUGGUUUCUUCAUCAUUGUGAAUUUCUUUUGAUUGACAAGUGUUUUGGCUCUCAGAUGUAAAAAGCCACACUGAGAAAUGAACUGUAAGUGGUGAAAUUAAUUUUGGUAUUUAGUUGAAAACUAUAUUUAUAGUUUUUUCUCUUCUCUAAUGUGAUGAAUAUCAAGGGUUUGGUCUCCAGUGCGUCUAGGUCUUUCUUUUGUGCGCAGAACGUGACAAGUCAGCAUGUUGGUACCCAAGGAAUUCGAUCACAUCAGUUUUCCAUCCUGGAAAAUCUUUGUGCAGUGGUAUGUUCCUAGGGGUUGCUCUCCUUUUGUAGGUGAAGAGUUGGUGACAAAACUUUGUGGAAUUUUGCAUUCCUUCGACUCUUAAAAUACAUCAGUGUAGUCUAGUCUUACUCUGAAGUCCUUUGAAAUUGAAGGAAUCCUGCAUUUCUUUAACAUCGCCCCAUCCCCCAGAACCACGCCUAUUUCAAUACGCAGACGGUUGUCAGACUACUGAACGGCUGGCACAGGAUGGACGCCAACCACUCAGAACGGAUGCCGGCUGUAAACAGGCAGGUAUGCGCAGCAUAGCCGCUGCCUGUGGGCUGGGCACCAUGUUGCUUUCAAACGUUAGAACCACAUCCCUUGAAAUUGUGGUAUUGUUCCUGGCUUGCCUGAUUUCUGCUCACAAGGCUGUUUCAGGGAUAGCCUUGGCUUCCCUUUAUAUGGUGCAGACAGGAACAGGCAUGCAUCUUUGAACUAUAUGGGCAUUAAAAUCUCUGCGAGCCAAAGCUUCACAUUUUAUCACUUUGGGCGAAAUGUAAUGAUUGUACCCGUUUACCUACCUAAUGUAGAAAAAUCAAAAGGCAACCUGUCAGUGGGAAAAGCUUUCCUGCUGACUUGCCCUGUCUCUCUUCAGCUGCUUCCUUGAGCUUGCCUCUUUCUUUGUCUUCCUUGUUCCCUGAGAGUACUCCUGCUUUCCUCCUCCAACCUGCCCCUCCUAUCAUUUCUGGCCACCCCUGUGGAGGCAGGUUGGUGACUGCUUCUCCUGUUCCCCGAGCCUCAGCACAGCUGUGAGGAAUGUGGCGCAGAAAAGCCUAUCAUACAACAAGUUAGGUGACAAUAUCACUCAGAAAAAUCUCCUAAUGAUUGGUGUCUCCUGAUGCCUUCUAUACGCUAGGCCUCUCGAGAACAGAAAACCUGUCUUUGUUAACUGUGUGCAGCCAAUCACUGGACCACGUGUGUACAUCUGGACCUUCCAGAACCAGACCCUCCAGGUUCCUGCGCCUUAGGAAUGUUAUUUACUUUGGAAGCCCGUGCUAAUCUGUUAAGGCCAUUAUGUCUUUUCUCAAACAAUAGCGAGCCUCGUUUCUGCUGCAUCUCAGUGGUGGAAACCAUUCCCUACUCUUCUCUUUUACCAACUCCCACCAAAUGCUCAACCCCAGCCCUACCCGAAUGCUUCCUUGCUCAUGGCUGGUGGCCACGGUGGCAGAGGCAAGCUGGGCAGUGUUUGGGGUAGGGAACUGCGAGUGGAGGUGAGUGUGUGUGUGUAUGUGUGUGUGUGUGUGUGUGUGCAUGUAUGAUCAUCGACAAAUGCAACUGUGUCCAUAGAUGUCCUUGCUGCUAUUAAAUAGCUUUGUGUACCUAAGCUGGGGGGACAUUAAAAAAUACCAUCGUUCUCCUAACUAGAGUUUCUCAGAGUUCUCUGAUAGAUUAGCUUGACGACAAAUAUAGGCAGAUUAGUCUAUAGGAAACUGACUUA